AUGUGCCCCCGAGAUGUUUUUGUCUUCCAUCCUGCCAACCGCCACAAGGAGAACCUCGUCAACUUCAUCUUAACCCCGGAGACCGACUAUCUGAAUUCCAUACUAAGCAGCAUGGACAACACCCAAACCAAGCCCAACGGCAAACGUAAACGAGAACCGAAGAAGCAGAAGGCAGACGAUGGGGCCCAGGAAGCUCAAGCAAGCGCACAACAGCUACCGAGCUCGCUAUCUAAUCCACUCAUGCUACCUGUCGCUCCCUCAACUAGUAAUCCCAAGGAUUCCGCUUCGGCACCCAAACUGAUCGUCGUCCUCAGCCAGGCUUGUCUCGAAAAUUACGCCCAAACUGUCAAACAAUCUUCGGGCUCGAACUCGGCCCAUGGCAAUAAGAAAUCUGCUAAACAACUUAAAUAUACCCUCCUCAAUUGCGAUGACCAUCAAUCUAUUCUUGCCAAAAUGGGAAAAGAUAUCGCUGCUACUCGUCCCGAUAUCACCCACCAGUGUCUGCUUACGUUACUUGAUUCACCCGUAAAUAGAGCUGGAAGACUUCAAGUUUAUAUCCAGACUGCCGCUGGAGUACUGAUCGAAAUUCAUCCUACGGUCAGAAUUCCCAGAACUUUCAAACGGUUUAGCGGCCUGAUGGUUCAAUUGCUUCACCAACUAUCGAUUAAAUCUACCACCGGUAAAGAAAAGUUGCUGAAAGUUAUCAAAAAUCCAAUCUCGGAUCAUCUGCCACUGAAUUCGCACAAGAUCACUUUAUCGUUCGACGCGCCUCCAGUCAAAUUGUCUGAAUACAUCACCACCAUCCCAUCAGAGAAACACUUGGUUGUUUUUGUUGGUGCAAUGGCUCAUGGCGCUGAUGACUUUGCUGAUCAUCUAGUGGAUGAGAAAAUUGCGAUCAGUCAAUACAGUCUAUCAGCUUCAGUGGCUUGCGGAAAAUUUUGUUGUGCAGUGGAAGAUCAUUGGGGAAUCCUGUAA